ACGAUGGUGAUGAUGAUGAUGGGUUGGUGCUGGCAUUGUGCAGCGCGGGGAGCAAGUUGUGUGUCGUGGCUGGCGAUUGCCCUCGCUGUUGCGAUGAUGACGAGCACAGCUGCACCAACGAUGGCAUCAACAGCAGCAUCAACAGCAUCAGCAGCAGCAUCAGCAGCAGCAGCAACGGACGCCGAACUAAAGCCUGACGCGUGGACCGACAUAAACAUGCAAGCAGGCGAAACACGCCUGUUCACCCUGCACAACCCGUCCCCUGGCGCAGAGUGCACAGGGCCCUGCGACCACGGGAACAGGUGGGUCAAGGUCUCCGCGCACUCGCAGGCCCUGCAAGUGCGGCUCACCAUGAGCGUGCAGGGGGCGCCGCUCACACCGCAGGGCACGUGCACCAAUACGACCGGGUGCGCAACAGCCACGUCCACAGGUGCAGCGCUCAUCUCCCGCCUCGGCCAGUGGUACGGCACGCUGGAGCCGGAGUGCUACUUCGAGGGCGCAUACUGGGCACCCUUUCCCUCCAACCCCGAUAUUCAUGUGGCCGUUACCCUCCUCCCAGUGUCCACCGCCUCCAUCAAGGCAGCGGGCGUGGCGGUGAUCGCUGAGUUUGGCUCUGGACGCAUGCCCAUGCCCGGUGGGUGCGCCACCACAUCUCCGUUCCCCUUCGACGCCAUGAUCGACCUCCAGUACUCCCGCGACAAGACCACCGUCGACUAUCAGCAGGCCGACUUUGGCAGCCCGCUCGCCGCCAACUUCCCGUCGAGCGGGUCUGCAGACGCAUGCACGUGCGACUACAUAUCCGCGCAGGCGGACAGCAACCCGGGCACGCUCAAGUUUGAGCUGUAUCGCACCUACCUGUCCAACUGCGGGUCGGACUUCCACAAGCCGCUCGACCCAAAGGACCUGCUCGUUGCCCUGUCGAAGAUGAGCACCGUCAAGCACGUGAAGACGUUUGGUAUCCGCGUGGACGAGGGAAGCAUCCUGCCUGACAAGCCGCGCAGGAAGGCCCUCGGCUCCGUUCCAGGACAGGGUGUCAUCUACAACGUGCUGGUCACGGACACGUACCGCGCUGCCCUCUAUCCAAACGAACCCAUCGAGUCGUUCCAAUCCGUCUACGCACCGGCGCACACAUAUGCGUGCUCGCUCACAAACGACCCAAACUUCGACAACUGCCACCACCUCAUUGAUGGCGUGUACAUGGCCGUGUGUAUGUGCGCGGGCGCUGUUGGCAUUUUCCUCGCACUCUUUGGUCUUCGCUUCUACAUCGCAAGCAUGAUGAUCUUUGCUGGUGUGGCGACUGCCACCGCAACGUACAUCGUUCUCGCCACGUUGGCACCCUCCCUCUCCUUUGCAGCGUCGAUGGGAGCGAGUCUUGGCACCGCGGCUGUGCUCGUGUUCCCGCUGCUCAUGUGCUGGAAGUGCACAAACUGGAACGGAAUGUGGAUCACGUUUCAGGGCGCGGUUGCCGGCUUUCUGGUUGCAUGUCUCGUGUUCGCCACUCCUCUCGGGGAACAACCGCUGUUUCGAAACGACUUCAACUACGGAAUGACUUUUGCAUGUGUGUGUCUGCUCGUCCCAGUUCUCCUCCUCGUCAAACCAGCACCCAUUUGCGUCUUCAGCACAUCCAUGGUUGGCUGCUACAUGCUUCUUUAGGAGGU